GAAUGCGUGCCUUGUCCGUCAUCUGAUCUCUGCCAAAUUGCCAAUGCGAAUGCCAUGCUAGCGACUGUGAGGCGCGGUUUGUUCGCGCGUGAUCUGAAUCUGAUGACAAUUAAAUUCUCAAACCAAACCAACCAAACCAGACCAAAUUAUUUAAUAUCUCUCUGGAAUUGAAUGAUAAAAACGACGUAGUUGCGACAGCACAAGGUAACCGGAUAGAGAGAUAGAGAAGCUAUGGGGAGCAGCGAUCAGCUGAAGUCGGAGAGCUUGCUGGAGCUGAUGAAAGAGCACCUGACCACUGAUGCCGGCAAACAAAUCACGAAGAAGAUCGGCCUCGUCUAUCAGAUCAACAUCGCCCCCAAGAAAAUUGGGUUUGAUGAGGUGAUUUUCACCGUUGAUCUCAAGAAGGGGGAGGUCAAGAAAGGGCCAUAUGAAGCAGGGAAGCCAGAUGCAACUUUUUCCUUCAAGGAUGAUGAUUUUGUGAAGGUUGCGCUGGGGAAGAUGAACCCACAAGUUGCUUUCAUGAGGGGUGCCAUGAAGAUCAAGGGCAGUCUGAGUGCAGCCACGAAAUUUACUCCUGACAUAUUCCCCAAGCCUGCCAAGAUGUGAGGCCUCCGAGGCAGAGGCCGCCAGAGAUAAAGUUCGCAUUUUUAGGCGUAGCCUUGUUUGCUUCAAAUGAAUUUCUGAAAUACUAGGGAACUUGAACUUGAACUGGAAUUUUAGCUUUACAUUAAGAGAAACUAGAAAUCAAUUAAAGCUUGUACCCUUUUGAUAUAAUGUAUGAUCAUUUCAUCAUUUCAUACUUCAUGCAAUAAGCUUAAAGCUGCCAAUAACAAGCUUUCUUUCUUCAA